AUGAUGAAUUGGCUCGAAAUUGUUGAUAAGGCAGGCGGAGAAGCUGCAUGGGUUACUCAGCAAAAAAACUUCCCGAAGAGGAGUGGUAAACGACAAAAAUCGAGAGAUUCAAAUGAAAUAAUUGAAAUGAUUUUAAAAACGGAAUCCGUACAGAAGGUUAUAAGAGAGGAGUGUGCAAAACGGAAUACUACAAGAAAAUUGUUAUGUGAUGAAGCAAGGCAAAUAUUACGCAGCAUAUCGCAUCAAAUGCAAUUGUUAGUUGUACGAUCAGUUGGCUACGUGAUUGCAAAAACAAUCAGGAUAAUAUAUGAUGGCGUUUAUUUCAAUGAUGAACGGUUGUUGCAAAUACGGGAAUAUUCUAUGGAUGUUCCCAUUAUUUUUAUGCCAACACACAGGAGUUAUAUGGAUUUCUUGAUUGUUUCUCUUCUUUGCUUCAAUCAUAAUUUGUCUCUACCAGCUGUUGCUACUGGGAUAGAUUUUAUGGCAUCAAGAUUUUUGGGUGAGGUUUUACGCCGCUGCGGAUCCUUUUUUAUGAGGCGACGAUUUGGAAAGGAUAAACUCUAUUGGUUAUUGUUUAGUAGUUAUGUGCAAAUGCAACUACGCGAAACGGAUAAUUCGAUUGAAUUUUUCGUGGAAGGUACUCGUAGUAGAUCAGGCAAAAGUCUUUAUCCAAAAUUUGGUUUGCUGCAAAUGUGCAUGGAACCAUUCUUUCGAUGUCAAUUAUAUGAUUUGAUUGUUGUUCCAGUUACGAUCGAUUAUGAUAAGGUUUUGGAAGAAUUUCUAUAUGCUCAUGAACUUUUUGGCUUUCCGAAACCAAAAGAGACGACAAUGGGGCUUUUCAAGUCGCGGGAAAUUUUCAGUAAACGUUUUGGUCACAUUUACGUGAAUUUUUGUGAACCAGUCUCCGUACGAAAAUACUUCAAUGGGAGGAUAAACCGCUGGUAUCCACCUUGGCAGGCCAGUGCGAACAAUAAAUUGUCAGAUAAGGAAAAAGAGGUAGUUAAGGAUUUCGCGCUCCAUAUAAUACAUCUGCACAACUCAAAUAGUACAAUAACUAUUUGGCCUUAUACUUGUGCCAUCUUAUUGCAAAUGAAGAACACGAGUUACCAGAAGUUGAUAUUUAGUAAGCUACUAACUUCUUUGGAAUACUUCAUUGCAUUGAUCACAAGAAUGGGACGUCGAAUUAUAAUCAGAAAAAGCAUUACGGAUGAUUUGAGAUAUCAUUUGAAGUUGCAUUCCGAUCUGUUCCAAUAUGACAGUUUGUUUCCUAAUUCACUAUUAAAAAUGAGGAGAUUCAAAUGCGCUGAAAGUAAUAGUUCAAAGAAGGACUACAUAGAAGAAAUGUUGUGCGAAGUGAUCCUAUCACAUUAUGCUAAUCAGAUGAUGCAUGAUUUUGUCGACGUAAGCCUGUUAUGCCAUGUAUUGUUAUCUAAUCGAAUGCUGUCAAGAGCAAGUCACAUAUUCAGAGAACUUAGAUCGUUAUUUGUUUACGAAUUCGUUUGUUCAUUGCAAGAAGAAAAGAUUGAUAAGUUGUUCAUGGAGAGUCUCAAUUGCUUGUUGCGAAUUUCGGCCAUUUCACUGAAUAAUGGUUAUAUUAUCAUAAAAGAAGAACAGACACUGAAACAGAUUUCUUUCCUCAUGCAGCCAUUCAUUCCCAGAUAUUAUUGUGUAAUGCAGUCUCUGGUACAGUUGGUGGGUACUGAAUUUACAGAUGAAGUGCUUUUCGAAAAAUCGCUACAGCUUGCUGUAAAUCUAUAUGUUAGACAACAAAGGAACAACACGCCCCAGUCAAUCUGCAUCACAUCGGAUGUAACCCGAAAUGCAUUGUCAGCAUUUUGCAGGAUGCAAGCUACUUGCAGACAUAGUGAAAGAGGAUACGAUGUUAAUAUUUAUCGUUUGCAAGAAAUGAUGGAACUUUUGGAAAACAUCAGUAUGGUCGAUCUUCCUUUUGAUAAUCACUCGUUUGUUUCAAAAAUCUAA